UAGUAUUUGAUUUGUAUUUUCAAUUUUGCUUAAAUUAGUGUGUUAUGUGAUUGGCCAAAUAAAAGAAAAACUAGAAGAAAACAGAUGUUAAUUUCCAUCAUAUACAUAAAACGCGUAUGACAAAUUUAAAACAAACAGCACCCAAGAAUUCGAUUUUAUCGGCUUUUAAAUCGCUUUAAAAAAAUCCCAUUGUUCCCCAACUCCUUUCUUUUUCUUUCAACCCAAUCACCCAUGACUCCUCGCUUUUCAAUCCGAUUCCCCUCUUCAAAGCCCAAGCCGCAGUCGCCGGGCGAAUCAUCUCCGGACAAAGCGAGGGGCGACAAAACGAAGCGGUUAGGGGAGGUUGCCGGAGGGACAGCGGCGGGGUGCGCGGCGGUUUGCUGCUGCUGCCCCUUUACGUUGAUGAAUUUCUUGGUGCUGGCGGUGUUCAAGGUGCCGGCGUGUCUGUGCAAGAAAGCCAAGAGACGACGGCGUUUGAAGAAGAAGAAGAAAAUGCAGGCUCUGCUGUCGCCCGGACCCAGUUGUAGUAGGAAUGAUCUGUGUAUAGAGACGCUGGAGAGGAAAGUUCGCGGCGGCGAUGGGCGGGAUGAUGCGGGAAUUGAGGCCGUUGAUUUGGAAAAAGAGAUGUGGGACCGGUUUUUUGCUACUGGGUUUUGGAGAAGCCCUUCUCAAAGCAGUAGAGUUUGAUUUUGUUGUUAUAUGGAAACUCAGUGGCACUGUCUAAUUGGAUUCAAUUUCACAAUUUGGCUUUUGUUUUGAUUAACAUAACUAGUUCUGUGUUGAUUGCUGA